AUGGAGUUGGAUCAAUGCUUGGAGCACUUGUAUAAGGGCCAAUUGUUGCCUGAAAUCACGAUACAGGCGCUGUGCUUUAAAUUGAAGGAGAUGUUGGUGAAGGAAUCUAAUGUUAUUCACAUCAGCACUCCCGUUACAGUGGUAGGUGACAUGCACGGCCAGUUUCACGACAUGCUGGAGAUGUUCAAGAUUGGGGGGAGAAUACCGGACACAAAUUACUUAUUCCUUGGGGACUACGUUGAUAGGGGACUGUACAGUGUUGAGACGAUAACGCUGCUUGUGACGCUGAAGCUGCGGUACCCAAAUAGAAUUCAUCUACUGAGGGGCAACCACGAAUCGCGGCAGAUCACACAGAGUUACGGGUUCUAUACAGAGUGUCUGAACAAAUAUGGCCCGGAUUCCAGAGUAUGGCAGUACCUGACAGAUAUGUUCGAUUACCUUGUCCUCUGUUGCAUUAUCGACGACGAGAUAUUCUGCGUCCACGGCGGGCUGUCUCCCAAUGUGCAAACGAUCGAUCAGAUCCGUAUCAUCGACAGGUUCCGAGAGAUACCGCAUGAUGGAGCAAUGGCAGAUCUCGUGUGGUCAGAUCCAGAGGAGAAUAAUGGGGAUAACAGCGCUGGGUUGGUGAGCGGCAGAAACAGUUUUGACAGCCAGCAGGACUUCCUUCUCGAUACCUCGCAGCACUUCCAAGUCUCGCCGAGAGGUGCCGGCUACACUUUUGGGAAGAGCGUCGUAGAGAAAUUCCUCAGAAUGAAUGACAUGUCGCGGAUCUACAGGGCACACCAGUUGUGCAAUGAGGGUUACCAGAUAUACUUUGGUGGGCUUGUGACGACGGUGUGGUCUGCUCCAAACUAUUGCUAUCGGUGUGGGAACAAUGCUUCGAUACUCGAGUUGUACAGCAAGGACGAUUAUUACUUCAACGUAUUUGGCGAGGCGCCAGAAACUAUUUCGUACCUGAACAAUCCUAGUGUCCCUGCCGGCACUGGGGGUGGUAGUAGCAUUACAAAAGUAGUUUCGGAUUACUUUGAGGGGGACAACAUUGCGGGUGACUCACUGAGUGAGAUUGGUACUAAUAUCGACAGCAACCUACAGUCGCGAGAUAUCGACGUGUUCUCAGACACAUACCAGGCCCAAUCAGCAUCCGGGAGAAGAGUGGAAUACUUUCUUUGA